GUUAACGGGUCGGCCGAGCGCGGUAGCUGUCAGAUAGUGGAGAGAGAGAGAGAGAGAGAGAGAGAGAGAGAGAGAGAGAGAGAGAGACGGAGAGAGAGAGAGAGAGAGAGAGAAGGAGGAGGACACUCGCCGACCCACCCAUCCUGGUCGCUUCGUCCGUCCACAUCGAACCCCUCCCGUCACUCCGAGCGCCUGCUUGUGGGCAUUUCACCGCUCCAACGGCCGUCCAGCUGCGGGGCGGAGCUGCACUUUUGAAACGAACAAACAAAAAGCCCUCAUUUGUUUUUCGCUUGUUUCUCUCUCUUCUUUUUCCUCCUCUGCGAGCUGAGUGAAUAAGGAGAAGAAGACCCAGACAUGGCCACUACAACCUGUACGCGAUUCACAGACGAGUACCAGCUGUACGAGGAGCUGGGCAAGGGAGCCUUUUCAGUGGUGCGCAGGUGUGUUAAGCUGUGCACAGGACAGGAGUAUGCCGCCAAAAUAAUCAACACCAAAAAGUUAUCUGCAAGAGAUCACCAGAAGCUGGAACGAGAGGCUCGGAUCUGCCGCCUGUUGAAACACCCCAACAUCGUUCGUCUCCACGACAGCAUAUCAGAGGAGGGCUUCCACUACCUCCUGUUUGACUUGGUGACCGGAGGUGAACUGUUUGAGGACAUCGUAGCCAGAGAGUAUUACAGCGAGGCCGACGCCAGUCAUUGCAUCCAGCAGAUCCUGGAGGCGGUGCUUCACUGCCAUCAAAUGGGCGUGGUGCACCGGGACCUGAAGCCAGAGAACCUGCUGCUGGCGAGCAAGUGUAAGAACGCCGCCGUGAAGCUGGCCGACUUCGGCCUGGCCAUCGAGGUGCAGGGAGAUCAGCAGGCCUGGUUCGGAUUUGCCGGCACACCGGGGUACCUGUCCCCCGAGGUGUUGAGGAAGGAGGCAUAUGGCAAACCUGUGGACAUCUGGGCCUGCGGGGUGAUCCUCUACAUCCUGCUGGUGGGUUACCCUCCUUUCUGGGACGAGGACCAGCACAAGCUGUACCAGCAGAUCAAGGCGGGGGCCUACGACUUCCCGUCCCCAGAGUGGGACACAGUCACCCCGGAGGCCAAAAACCUGAUCAACCAGAUGCUCACUAUCAACCCCGCCAAGAGGAUCACCGCCCAGGAGGCCCUGAAGCACCCGUGGGUCUGCCAACGAUCCACAGUGGCGUCCAUGAUGCACCGACAGGAGACCGUGGAGUGCCUGAAGAAAUUCAACGCCAGGAGGAAACUCAAGGGGGCCAUUCUUACUACCAUGCUGGUGUCUCGAAAUUUCUCUGUGGGCAGCAGGCAGACCACAGCUCCGGCCUCUGUCACUGCGGCCGCGGCGGCAGUGGCCGCAGCCGCCGGCACCACCGCCGGGCUGGUGGAACAAGCAGCUAAGACCUUGCUCAACAAAAAGGCAGAUGUGAAGAAACGCAAGUCCAGCUCUACUGUUCAGUAUAUGCCCCAGACAAACAGCACCAAAAACAGCAUAGUCACCAGCCCCAAAGGAAACUUCCCUUCACCUGCACUGGAACCUCAGACAACCGUCAUCCAUAAUCCAGUAGACGGAACAAAGGAGUCGUCGGACAGCAGCAACACCACUGUGGAGGACGAAGACGUGAAAGGGAAGAGCUUAGACAACAGCUCGCUUAAGGCGCAGUCCAGCACAAGCUCCCAGCCCGAUUGCUCUCAGGGCCCCUCGGCCGCUGUGCACUCUGCUGCUAAGUUUGCCGACCUGCUGGGCUCAGUGCGUAGGGGCUCGGGGCCCGCGUCGGACGGGGAAGCGAGAACGCUCACACCUCCGCCUCCCGCCGCCCACUCCGCCCCCUCACCUCCACACACCCCUGCCGUCCCCAUGCAGAUGUCUCGGCUCACCGACCUGGUGAGCAGCGUUCGCAGGGCGCCGCCGGCGGUGGCGGCGGCGGCGGCCCCUGCGCCCGAGAGCGACGGCGCGCCGGUGCCCGGCGCCAGGCCCGCCCCUCCGCCCGCCCACACCACUUCCCCGCCUCCCCCCCACUCCCCCUCGUGCCCCGCCCUGUCCUCCCAGACGCGCAAACAGGAAAUCAUCAAGAUCACCGAGCAGCUGAUUGAGGCGAUCAACAACGGAGACUUCGAGGCGUACGCGAAGAUCUGCGACCCGGGACUGACCUCGUUUGAGCCGGAGGCGCUGGGCAACCUGGUGGAGGGGAUGGACUUCCACAGAUUUUACUUUGAGAACCUUUUGGCCAAGAACAGCAAACCCAUCCACACCACCAUCCUGAACCCCCACGUCCACAUGAUCGGCGAGGACGCCGCCUGCAUCGCUUACAUCCGCCUGACUCAGUACAUCGACGGCCAGGGUCGGCCGCGCUCCAGCCAGUCGGAGGAGACCCGCGUCUGGCACCGCAGGGACAGCAAGUGGCAGAACAUCCACUUCCACUGCUCCGGCGCACCGGCCGCGCCGCUCCAGUGAGGGGUUGGAUGAUGCCGUAGCUCUGUGUGUGAGGAGUGCUCUGCUGGAGAGAAAGAAGACGACGACGAGGAGGAGGAGGAGGAGGCGGAGGAGGAGGAAAGGAUGACAGAACAAGUCCAGUGUCAGUUUGAUGGACGCCUGGCCUCAACCCCCCCAGCAUGCAUCUCUUCUUUUACUACUACUGCCCCCUGUCUGUCACCUGCCCCUAUAACACAACCAUCAGACAACAGCAGCGCAGCAUCCUUCGACAUCCCCCCCCUUUCUCUGCACUUGUGUGCUUCCUGUGUUCUCUUAUUUCCCGUCCCCACCAUUCUUUUGUGCCACCGACCCUCUUGUCCUCCCGUGAAUCCACACGUGUGUGUGUGUGUGUGUGUGUGUGUGUGUGUGUGUGUGUGUGUGUGUGUGUGUGUGUGACACAAACACUGCACUGGAAAUACAGUAUGUAAAGUUUUAAGAAAAAAUCUAUUAUUAUCAUUACUAUAUUAUGAUUAUUAUCAUUAUUACACAUUUGCGAUUAUUGUAUAUGUAAUUUGUAUAUUUCAGAAUUCUUUGAUGCCAGUGGUUUUUAGAGUUGAAGGAAAUCUUCUUUGGUUUUUUCUGUUUUUCUCUUUAUCUUUUUAAGGAAGCAUGUUUUUCCCCCCUCCAUAUUUACAGUGGCUGUUUUUUAUUGUGCCUAAUAAGUGGAAAAUGAUAUCGCCAGUUUAUUUUCAUUUUUUUCGUAAUUUGCCUAUUCGCUGUAAUACUGCACCCAAACUCGUGGUCAACUUGUUUGUUUUGUUUUUGGGGUUUCCUUUUGUUGGUAGCUUUUCUUUUCUUUUGUUUGGGGGGGGGGGGUCUUAUUUUUGGAAGGACUGUGUCUGAUGGGCGUCAUGUGAAGGUUGAGUGUGUGUGUGUGUGUGUGUGUGUGUGGGGGGGGGGGGGUUGUGUGUGUGUGGUUGUGUAACACAGACACGGCCGGUACGAAAACCAAACGGCAUGCAAUAAGUAGUUUUUUUAAUCAUUUGCCAUUCAUGACAUUGUUAUCAACACAUUGCAGUGUUCUCUUCCUUAUUGUGUGUCGCUGCCACUAUAAGAAAAAAUAGUUUCUUCUCA